CUGAAAACAAAAUUGAUAUCAUCACACACGAAAUAGUCAGGAACGACAUAAUUAAGAUAUCGCCAUACUUUUUUGCAGAUUGCAGUUUCGAUUUUGAGAAGAAGUGUAAAAUGGCAUCUGCUUCAACAUCACUUUGGAUGGGAGAUCUGGACCCAUACAUGGAUGAAUCCUUCAUUUCUAUGGCCUUCAAACAGAUGGGUAUAGCUGUUAAGGGGAUCAAGGUCAUCAAAAGUAAAACAACAGGACUGCCAGCAGGAUACUGCUUCAUUGACUUUCAUGAUCAUGAAAAUGCACAUCAGGCCAUGUUAAAGCUGAAUGGAAAGAACAUACCAAACAGUACUCCACAAAGACGUUUCAAGUUGAAUAGUGCCAGCUAUGGAAAAGAACACUUAUCAUCCCCAGAGUUUUCCCUCUUUGUUGGUGAUUUGACAGAAGAAGUUGAUGAUUACACACUGUACCAGGCUUUUUCUAGACGCUUCAGGUCUUGCAGAUCUGCAAAAGUUGUCUUGGAACCAAGUGGUAAGAGUAAAGGCUAUGGAUUUGUGAGGUUUUCAGAGGAGACUGACCAACAGAGAGCUCUCAUAGAGAUGCAGCAUAUGCAGGGAGUGGGCAAAAAACCAAUACGGGUCAGUCUGGCCACACCAAAAAGGCCCAUGGGACAAGACCCCAAUGCAGCAUUCUAUGGAAAUUAUUAUGGCCAGAAUUACUACAACAAUUCCUACUAUAACUACUACGGAUAUAACGCCUAUAACCAGUAUUAUGACCAGUAUGCAAACUACAAUAAUUACUAUGAAACUCAACAAGAUGAAGACCCAGAAGCUCUGGAAGAACCUGAGCUAGAAGUAGAUGUGUUCAGAUAUAACAAGGACUAUAUGGAGCAGAGUGAGGAAAUCUUUGAUGUGCUAGAACUUUCUCGAUGGACUCCUCUGGAUUCAGUAAACUCCAAACUUCCAGCUGUGAAGUUGGUGUGAUGAAAUGCAUAGGAAAACAUUCAGUUUGUCAAUGGCAACUAAAUAUAUAUGUACCAUUAAAAAAUUGGGAAGUUGUGUAUUUUAGGGUGACAAGUGACCAACUUUUAAGGAAAUGUUCUAUUAGUGAAAUCUUUUUCGAUAUUUUUAUGCCUCCAUGAAAUGGCAGGGGCACAUAGUGUUACCCGUUUCCAUCUUUCUAUCAUUCUGUCAUAAUUCAGUCUCUGUUCAUUAUCUACAUAAUCAACUGAACAGAGUUGUGCCCCUUGGACCUAGAAAAUUGUUUUUCGCUUAUUAUCUCUGUCAUACAUGGACAUUGUUUAAAUUGAAAUUUAGUAUAGAAAUGUCACAGGUGCAGUUUGCAUUUGGGUCUGGUGAAAAAAAAUUGGUAGACUUAAAAAAUUUCAAACAUUCAUUACCUCAGUCAAUCAGUCAUACAUGGACAUUUUGAAUUAAAAUUUGAGAUAUAAGAAUAUGCAUGCCAAGUUCGUAUUUGGUUCCGGUCAACAAUUUUUGGAAGAAUUCACUUUGAAAAAUUUCAAACAAUUCAGGGUUCCACUCAUUAUCUUAGUCACACAUGGACAUUCUAAAUUGAAAUUUUGGAUAUAAAUACAUCAUGAGAAUAUGCAGGUCAAGUUCUUACGUGGGUCGGAUGGCAGUUAUGACUCUCGGAUGGGGACAGUCGUUUUGCUUCGACACAUCUAAAACUUGACUAAUCAUGAUCACUAAUGUAAGCCUGAAUGGAUAUUUUAUUUUUGUGAAAACUUUGAAAUAAAUUUUUUGUAUAAAGUAA